CUCGGUGUCUCGCAGUAAAACGGGCCGUGCCUUUUUGCAGUCUCACCGGCAAUGGAGUGCCAGAAAAAAUUGCUGGCUGAUCUUGCCAUCAUCCAAGAUCCUGAAACGACUCCAGGAUCCCACCAUACCGAAGUGCUAUCAUUGUACAUCCUAGCUGGCACUAUGCUACUCAGUAGCAUCAUCAUGUUGACCAAGUCCUUGGGACGCCGUAUGCUGUCAGACAUCUUCUUUUUGGUCUUCUUCUUUGUCGGAGCCUUGGGUUUUGGCCUUUUGGGCUUCGCCAGUCAGGUGUACGUUGCUGGAGAGAACUGGGCUGUGAUCCUUGCGAAGAUUCUGAUUACCUUGUCUCUGGCUUCGCUGCUGCUGAAUAAUUGCUGCGUACUCGAAGAUCUAGCACCAUUUAGGUUUAGAACUGUGAUUUGGGUGUCCUUCUUUUUUCAAAGCUCUGUGUCCCUUCUGGGCGUUGCCGCACAGUUGGGAAAGCACCUGCAGAGCACCAUGUUAUUCAUGACCAUGAUGUCGGUCUCCUGCACCUUCACCUGGUCGGUGGCCCACUACCUCAAGAAAUCCAAUGCUCAGGAGCAUUGCUUGAAGGCAUUCUGUUCAUUCCUGGCAGCUGCCGGUUCUCUGACCGUGGCGAUUUUGGAACCCACCUGUGGCUAUGCUGGACACAAGAAGUGCUAUACGGACUGCUUUGGCGUGCCCGGGGUACACUUCUUGAUCUGGGUGGUUCCAUCCAUAGGCAGCGUGUUGUUUCUCAAUUUCCUGCAGAUGUGUUGUCCUGACCAGGCCAUGUUGCCCCCCAUCCUGUGCUGGAAGCCCAAGCCGCCCCCUGAGCCAGAAGCGCCGCCGGCGCCGUUGCCACCGGUGCCGGAGCCGGAUGUGAAAGAUGGGUCCGUGUGAACGGCGUCACCAUGAUGUCUGAAAAUGAUGCUAAGAUUCAGUGAUAUUUAAUUGGGAUACUGGAACUUGAUAUCUA